UUUAAACCACAUGUGCCGGAAAAUGUUUGAAAAUUCACUCAACAACGGGCUGUGCCGCCGCCAACAUCUUCGGGAAGUUCCGACUGUCGCUGCAGGGUUUUAAACGACCUACAGUCAAAUCAUUGUGAUCCAGUAGCAAAAGGCGCGGCAAGAGUUCCAUCACCAAUACUCGUGAGCGUAGACUGUCUGCAUCCCAUUCCCAACCAAUCAAAUAGCCGCGCAUUUCUUCUCCUGCUUGCCAUUCGCACCUAGCCCCACGCAUCACUGGCAUGGUCAACGAUACCAAGACCGCGGUGAUUGUCAACUUCGCCCUGUUAUACUUAUGCAUUCAACAUUGCAGUGGUAGACCACGACCUUACGAGGCACCUAUCCCCGUGGACAGGUUGUCGUCUAUUUCCCAGCAGGUCGAGAGUUUGGCGUCGCAUGAGCGUCCUGCCACCGGCCUAUCUAUCCCAGUCUCACAUGGUGGGAGUGUAUUUAACGGCCACAUCGACGAGUCGCAAUAUGGACGUAUUUGGGGAGGUCAUGACCUUCAUUCGAGCUUCUCUGAUCUUUUAGAAGCGAUGGGAGGUUCAAAUCACGACUGGUUUAGUCAGGCUCAUCAGCCGACGGUUAACCAUUGGCACCAUACCCCCGUUUCCAGCUUGCCAAGUCAUGAUGUCAUUAAGAGUACAAAUUGGAACACGAAAGUCGGAAACCACCAUGCGCCUUCCAAGGAGAUAAAUCCUCGAGAAAAACUGACAAAUAAACUUGACAUCCCGUUUGAUGUAUCAAAUGACAUUACUGACAAGCCAUUUGGCUGGAUUAACACGUUAAAUUUUCCUUCCGACCAGAGGAUGGGCGCUCUUGGCAGAGAUGAUUGGGGGCUAACAAGUAGUUCCGUUUGGAAAAUUGUCACAAUGGAACUGAAUGAUCCCGCUCUACCGAGCCUCUUGAAGAAGGCUGCCAAUGAUGAUAAUCAGAAUCCUCUUAAAAAUCUCCUGGCUUUAAUCAAAGAAAUUGACAUUCGUAACAAACAAUUUCUAUUAGCUUUCAGUUCAUCUGCCUCUGGAGAUGAAAAAUACUUCAUGGCAGAUUUGAGAAAUGAUCGAAAUUAUGGAAACAUGAAAGAUACACAUCAACGCCUUCUCGCAUGGCUGAGGCUUCAACUGGACACGACCUCUCAAGCCGAUGCUCGAGCCGGCCUAGAAGGUCCCAAUCAUGAAGCAUCUGACUCAAUAACUCCAUUUCAAAAAACCCUCCUGGACUGUCUGAAAUCGGACCUGAAAAGCAAAGAGCUCAAACGUGGUCGCUGGCAAGUUCAAUUACGUCCUUCUAAAAAUCAAUCAACACAGGUGAAUUUAGGUCAAGCCAGUCUCACGAAAGUUGCAAUCAAUGCACUAGGGAAUUUCUACAAAUCAUCUAACUUGAACAAAUGGAAAGAGCUGUUCAAGUUCGAUCACCACUUUGUGAAUUUUUAUCUGAUUCUCAAAGCCCGCCAACACCAUGGCUCGAGCAAAAAAAGGGCAACCAAAUCAGCUAAUUGGACACAACUAGAAACUCUGCCCUGGGAAAAUGCAAAUGGACAACAAUGGGUGUUGGAUCCUGCCAUCCAUCAAAGGUUCUCAAAUUCCCUCAAAAAAUUCAAAUUGUCAUUAAUUGAGAACAAGUUUUUACCUGUAAAGGAAAUUUCAGAGGAGGAGGAACUCCAAUCUAUGAGACACAAAGAAUCUUUGAGAGAACAAAAGGCAGCUAGGAAAAGAAGUUAUUACCACAACAAAAUGGCAAGACGUAAUAAAGCUAGGUUGGAAUCUAAUGAAUCAAGUUGA